AAGGAGGUCAGCUCUUAACCCUGUCCUUGUAGGUUGAGCAAUGGCAAAAGGAAUACAACAAAGUUCUACACAGCAAAAAUCUCUCCAGCUCCUUACCUCUCAGACAUGCCCUGUGGUAGGCCCUGUGGUAGUCCUUAAAAGUUCCCAGGUGCCAUCCCUUUUGGUCAGGUCAAGUACAUAUAUCAAAUGCAGGUCCACAGGGUCAGCUUAAACUUCUGAAUUAUAUUAUUCUUAAAGGACGCAUCAGGGAGGCUUUGAACUUCAGCUACAGUCAUGAACCCCACAAUACCUCUGACACACUUCAUGGAUUCAUAGGUUUCCAUAAUCACUGACUCCGAUGGCACAGUGCCCCCCGAGCGAGUACUUUGACAACCUGCUCUUCUCGUGUAAGCCUUGUCACCUCCGCUGCGCCGGGACACCGCCGCGGCCCUGCGAGCAGCACUGCCAUAAGGGUACCGAAUCAGGUGGAGUUCUUUGGAUUUAUUUGGGCAUAGGAGUAAUUUUAGUGCUCACUCUGUUCCUCUUAAUGGUCUUGUUUAAACGGAAGCACCUAAAGCAACUAAAAGAAAAACUGAAAUACACAGAGCCCUGCGCGGAGCCGCGCGCCGCCGCGCGCUCCUACUCGGUGCAGGAGUGCACCUGCAGCGACUGCGGCCCGCGCCAGCCUCUGCCCGCCACCGAGGAAGGAGCCGCCGCGCUCGUCACCACCAAGUCCUCUGAUGACUGCAGCUACGUUCUUGGCGCAGGCUGACCAUGCGCCAUCUUCGUAUUUACUCCAGCACAGCUUGCGGAGCAGCCCAGCACGUCAGGCUUUGCGUGCUGUGUACAACAGCCCUUGAUACUGUUGUAUUAUUUCAAGUUCUACUCUUUGUUCAAGUAUUUCUACAUUAUUGUCAGGUGCCUUAUUAUCGGAAUUAGUAAGUUUUGGAAGCCUCUGUUUGGAAUCUCUCUCUGCCUUUGGAGACUGUAUUUACUUGGCGUGUUAUAUUUACUCAUCUGUUUGCGUAGCUGGAUAGAUACGGGCCCCACCAAUAAACAAGUUUUCAAAUA